AUGUCUUUACGUUUCUCUAAAUUCACCUAUAAAUCUUUCAAAUUAUUCUUGUUGUUAUGGAUGUUUUAUAUGAUAUCAACACAGAAAAUAUCCUCAUACAAUAAGAAAUCAUUUGAUAACUCAGUUUUAAACCAGAUCCUACGCCAAGAUCAUUCACAUGCUGACAUUAGUGAACCAAUUACUCAAUUGAGUCUUGUAAUUGCUCAUCCAGAUGACGAAUUAAUGUUUUUUGCUCCCACUUUAUUACAAUUAAAUCGUUUUCUACCAACUUCUAUACCGUUUAAUAUCAUAUGCUUUUCAGAUGGGGAUGCUGAAGGAUUAGGUUAUUUAAGAAGAAAAGAAUUGCACGAUUCAAUCAAUUUAUUGCUUUCUUCUUCAAAUAAUCGUAAAAUCAAUAUAUCAAUUUUAGACUUCAUAGAUGGCAUGGAUCAAGUUUGGGACGGGAAACAAUUAUUAUCCUCUCUACAGAACGAAUUGUUGGUAAAUGUACCUCCUAGUAUCAAGAAUAAUAUUUUAUUGACAUUUGAUGCAAAUGGGAUAUCAAAUCAUCCAAAUCAUAUUGCUUGCAACAAAGCCGUCCAUGAUUUGAUUUCUUAUGAUGGAGGAAAAGACAAAGAAAUGAAUAUAAUUGGGCUGAUGUUGAGCAGUAAGAGUGAUGAAUAUAAUAUCGUUAUGAAUUUGCUAUCAAAAUACACUUUUUUUGUCAUUGAUUUAGUCAAAGUAUAUUGGAAUCUUGCUACGGGCACUUUUAAUACUAUUCCUAAUUCGGCCAGUUUAGAGUUAUCAUUUAUUAACACAUACUCGCAGUAUAUAUUGUCGUACGCUUCAAUGCUGAACACACAUAAAUCACAAAUGGUUUGGUUUAGAUAUGGUUGGUGGUGGUUCUCGAGAUUCGUUUUCUCGAAUGAUUUGCUGGUUGUCUCAAAUAUAAAUAACGUGUAG